ACAGGCGCAGCGUGCAGGUGGCCCGCCGGAGCCGCGCCAAGGAAGGGGCAGGGAGGCGGGCGGAAGCGGGGAUGCCCCCGGAGCCCCGGCAGCGUGAGGCGGAUCGGUUCCCGCAGGAAGGCGCGGCCGGAGGAGCGCGGCGGGCGGCUUCUCUUCCCGGAGCAGUGGAGGGCAGACGCGGCGGCGGCGGAGGCUGCUGCUUCUCCUCGUGCUUCUCGUGCGCCUCCUCCUCCGCCGUCGCCAUGGCGCGGCCCUCCUUCUCCCUGGCCGCCUGCGAAGUGAUCGGCUUCGACCUGGACCACACGCUGUGCCGCUACCACCUGGUCGAGAGCGCUCGGCUUAUAUAUGAUAGUUUUGCUCAGUACAUGGUAAAAGAGAAAGGUUAUGAUAAAGAACUGCUGAACGUAUCCCAUGAAAGCUGGGAUUUCUGCUUUAAAGGCUUGGUGUUGGAUAUGGAAGAUGGCAACUUCCUUAAACUUGCAGAGGAUGGAACUGUUUUGAGGGCAAGCCAUGGCACAAAAUGCAUGACCUCUGAAGAGAUCUUAGAUACAUAUGGAAGGAAGGAAUGGAAACACUUCAAGACAAUGAGUGGAAUGGUUUCUCGUUCAGCUAAAUAUUAUGCCUAUGACAAUUACUUUGAUCUGCCUGGGGCACUUCUUUGUGCACGGAUUAUUGAUGGUUUAAACAAACAUAGUCCUAGGCGAAAAUAUGACUUUUGGAAGGAUAUGGUUGCUGCCAUACAGCAUAAUUAUAAGACUUCAGCUUUUAAAGAAAAUGGCGGGACAUACUUUCCAGAAGUAAAACGCAAUCCAGGAAAAUACAUACAAUGUUGUCCUGAUCCUGUUAAAAAGUGGCUGAGAAGACUCAAGGACAGUGGAAAGAUUCUGCUAUUGAUUACCAGUUCUCACAGUGACUACUGCAGGCUUUUAUGUGAACAUGCCUUAGGGAAUGAUUUUGAAGACCUUUUUGACAUUGUAAUCACAAACGCCCUCAAACCAGGUUUCUUCUCUCAGCCACCAGAUCAAAGACCUUUCCGAACACUUGAGAAUGACGAGGAACAAGAGGCCCUCUUAUCCUUGGAAAAACCUGGCUGGUACUCCCAAGGUAAUGCAACCCAUUUGUAUGAGUUGCUGAAGAAGAUGACUGGCAAACUAGAACCAAAGGUUGUUUACUUUGGGGACAGCAUGCACUCAGAUAUUUUCUCAGCCCAUCACUAUAGUAACUGGGAGACUGUCCUCAUCUUAGAGGAGCUUCAAGGGGACCCUGCUAUGGCGCCUACAGAGACAGAGUCUGAACCCUUGGAGAAGAAAGGAAAGUAUGAGGGACACCAUCCAAAAGCUCUUCCUUCUGUUUCUAAACAGUGGGGUUCUUUCUUUGUGGAUACCAUUUCAGGAAAAGAAGAUACAGAGGAAACUUUAGUAACUACGUGGUCCUGCAAAUGUGUUAGUGCUUACAGCACCAUCACAAUCCCAAGUAUUGAAGCAAUAGCAGAUUUACCACUGGAUUAUAGAUUCACCAGAUUUUCUUCAAAUACCUCAAUAACUGCUGGUUACUAUCCUAAACCUCCAAGAUCAUUAUUAUCAAGUGGUGAGCUAAUGGCAACCAAAUAAAUAAUAUGUAAGGAAAAGAAAAUCCAGAUGCCUUUAUAUAGUGUUAAUGAAUAUGUCAGAUGCUAAUUGAGAAGCUUACCAAUGAAAUCUGAACAAUACAUUUUUAAAAACCCCAAACAGAUCCAAAAAGAAAUUAAAUGUUUUCUGUUUGCCAUAAUAAAUGAGUAAUGAGUGUGGGUCUAUAAUGUUUUCUAAUUUUUCCUGUUCAGAAUUUGCUGCCGUCUUUUCAGUUCAUGAUGCGAUAAUAAACACUUUGACACUUCCAUCCAUCACAGUUCUUUUCGUACAUACAGAUCAUAUAUGUCCUUUCCCAUGGUACAGGAGCAUGCACUCGCCCUCAGCCAUGCACACACCUUCUGGGGCAAUAUGAGACACAAGAAAGCUCUGUGCAUAUACAGACCUUGAAUGAAGGUUCAACUAGCAGGAUAACUAUUAAAAAAAGUAAGGAAUGUGUGUGAAUAAGGCUGUUAUACGUAGGAUUCAAGGAUCAUGGUAUGGAGGGUACACAGCCGCUCCUCCACAAUGGGGAAGGACUCUGAUUCCUGGUAAUAACUGCCCAUAGUUUCACAAUCUAAAUAAGCUUCAGUGCUUUAAUGUUUGGUCCCAUUAAUUUAAAUCAGAGUUACUUUCUACUUCCACAUUUUUGUAAGCCACAAGGACUGGUGUACAUCACCUCUUUGUGCGCUUUCCCCCUAGUAUGACCACUCGGUCCUUGUCAUAGAAAGGAACGAGUAUUAUUCUUUAGAAGAUCUGGUGGUGAAUAACAAUUCAUAACAAAGGGUAGUAGACUGAACGGGGUCCUGAGUUUGUCAAACUGGGCCAGUUUCUAAUAUUGCAAGCAGACAAAAUUCCUAACAGAACUAUCCUGUGCCUCAUCUAUGAAGAAGUCAACCUCGCAUAAGGUCAGUUGGGCUUACUCCCAGGUCGAUGGGUAUAGAAUUGACUUAUUUGGUAGUAAGCUCAUGAGCUCAAUACAGCUGUUAUGAGCAAGAAUGCAUAGGAUUGGGCUGUUAGGAAUUUUAUUAGAAAAUCUGAUACUGUGCAAGCAAUUGUUUGUCUGUGGGGGUGCCCUUAAAUGCCAGGACCUCUUCACUUUUGAUCACCUGUUGUUUUCCCCAGCCCAAGGACUGGAAGUAGUUCCAUAUUGACUCAAAGGACAUAGACUCAGAUUGCAAGUUUGUCAGUACACCGUUUUGUCAGCCAAAGAAACCAUGAUAUGCCAGAUUGCAAGCAGCUUGUUGUGGACUAGUUCACCUUUGAAAAGGAUGAUCUGCUGUAAUAACCAUCACAAGUCCAAGGAUCUGGUUGUAUAAACUUGAAAUAAUAACUUCUAAAAUCUUCCCAUGUGCUUUGGCAAUGCUCAUCUGUAUGAAGUUCAGAAUAAAGUUUAUUUAUUCCCAAGAAGCUCUGGAUUCUAUUACAAAAACUCUGUAGGAAAAAAGGAAGGUGAAACACAUAUUCCUGAAAGCACAAUAAAAAAAUAUUCAGUGAUCAUUAAUCUUGCUGAUUCAUUACUGAUGAUUGUCCAUUAUUCAAAGGAUACAAAAUAAAGACUAAGAUUCAUAGCAACGGCUUGAUUUCCUCCACUUUGAGAUCCUGUUAUGCUCAGACAGAAGUGGGUUGAGCCUUGGUGUGUGCUGAAGUCAUUGACUUGAAAUUGCUUCACUGUGUCCAAGCCCACACUGUUUCUUGCAUGCAAGCAUUUUAUCAGAUGUGCUGCCAGAAAGCCUUGCAAGGACAACAGCGGUCUAGUUAAAUGCCUGGUCUUCUGAACUAGGGUUGCUAUGUCACAACCUGAAGAAUGUGGGUGUAGCUUUAAAUUCCCCCAGCAUAGCAGGAGAAGAGGGAGCCACAUCAUCUGCUGGCCUGGCUCUUGUUCACCCACUCACUCACCUGCCAUGUGGCAGGGCCAGAUGUUACACCUGCUGCCUCAGCUCCCUGUUACACAGCAGUUUCAAAGGUCAAGGGAGAAAUCUCUGGAUGGCAGUCUACCAAACCUAAUCUGAACAUCCAUCAGUAGAUGUAUGGGAAAUGCACCCAGAAGACAAAAUGUAUCGAGCAGUUAAUGAUCUGACACGGAGCCCUUCCUGCCUCUGUUCCUUCCCUCUCCCUCGCUCUUGUUAAGUUUUUUGAUGUUGUGAGAACAGUCUUAGAUGUUGUGAGAACGUUGGGAAGAGGUGAAGCCCCCCCUCCCCUGCUGCCUCAUCAGUAGAGGAUAAUGUUGGGUACCUUCUUUGAUGUUGGACAUUGUUUUAAGAAAGUGAGGCAUUGGGAGGGGGUAGCUAAUGGAUGAUCUGCACAUAAGCAGUCUUGAAGGCCCAACAGGCUAUCUAUAAAAUUGGACGGUUUGGGCAGAGUUUCUUUGACGCUUGUGCACGGACUGAUCGGCCCCAGGGCCGUGCAAACUGAGGCUACCUGGGGAAGUCGCUUCACCGCUUCUUGAGAGCUUCCAAGUGGCAGAUUGAAGUGCUUGCUUGGGAUGUAUACAUUGCUUGCUGUUUUAGAAUAAAAUCUUUACUCUUCUCA